UCUUUGCUUACCCCCUUUUUCUCCAGAGGAAGUUGGCAGCUAACGUCCCAGGACAUAUUACGUUCCUUUGCUCCGAUGUGGCCUGUAAAUAUUUCCCCUAUUUAACCAAGGUGGCUCAGCAGUGCCCUGAGCUGAGGAACCUCUUGUCAAUGCGUCCUUUUCUCUCCGUCAUGCAUGCAAAGGCUCACACUUGGAAAUGCGAGAUCAAAUGGGGAGGUGCGUUUCAGGAUGGGGCCGGUUCAACAGUUGGAGAAGAGGUGGAACAAGUAAACAGUUUCCUGUCUAGGGCGGCCAUCACAACGAAGUACAUGUCUAAAGCAGGGCGAACAGACAUGCUGACCCUCCUGGCUUUGGGUUGGAACAAAAGGAAAGUGGAACAACUGGGCCGCACUUUGAGCCAGAGAUAUCUAAAGAUCAUAAGGAUCCUUAGAGAACAAGUGGAGAGCCUGAAUGCGACCAAAAAUGAGCUGGGUGUGGAUGAUGACACACUGCAGCAAUGGGUGGCCGAUGUGCAGAAAUGGGCUGAAGAAACUGAUCAAACUGAUGGCAGCCUUGGAGCGUUGCAGGCACGAAUAGAGGAGCUUGUCGUCAUCAUCAGAGUGCGAACACAAAGUCUUUACAGACAAAAUGAUAGCAACAAGAGGCGACACAGAAUUCGCAAGGUCAUCUUAGUUGAGAAGAAACGCUUGGCGGCUGCUGUUGACGACUACAACAAGCUUGCUGAACCAACAAAGCAAAUCGUAUCCAGUGAUGCCCUCAUCCAGACCGAUAUUUGGCCCUGGCAGAGCACAAGUGAACCUGCUGCUGAACUCCAGACAAAGAGAAAGGUUUUUGAGAAGGUGAUGGCUGUGAGGCGCCUGAGAGAGGAGGAGAUGAUCCUUUGCAGGGAGAUGCGGCAUCACUGGACAGUGUUGCGAAUGCGAUCUGUGGUGUUGGGGACAAUCUCCUCAGACUCCUCCCUUGUUGGCAUGUCGGAGGAUGCACAGAAGGGACUCCGUAGCCUGGUUUUAAAAAACACAAAGUGAACUGAAAGCUGAAAUGCUCAAAAUAAAGGACAUGUACAAGAGAAUCCUCAGCCACCAACCACUCCUGGAAAUGGACUCGGAGGAGGAGGAAGACAUUCCAGACGAUGCCACUGAGAGUGAUUUGAGCACUUCUGAUGAAGACUGAUUGUGUCAUCCUUGAUGUUAUUUUUGGUAAAAUAAAAAGUUAAUCACA